AUGUACCGGGAGCAGGAGGCCGAGGAGCACAGUGAGGACGAGGACUACGAGGGUCCCGGGAAGUUCGACGCGUUCGAACGCCCUGCCUUCAAGAGACGGACCAUCAAGACCCGAGCCAUCCAGUGGGCGCUAGAGGACCGAAGGGACCACGCCCAGGGGGGCGGCAUCAAGUACACCGGCGACAAGAUCACCCAGCAAAUGAGCAGGUACGCGACGUUCAAGGUGGACCCCAACCGGCCACAGACGAUCGAGGUGACACCCAUCGAUGAGUGGUGGCAGUUCAAGAAGGCUCCAAAGGAUACGGGGAAGAACAUGACGGUCAAGGAGGCUGAGGAGCUCAUGAAGAAGCAGGAGAACUUUCUCGGCCCUCUGUCGCUGGCCAACAGGAUCUUGGGCAAGAAGAGCCUGGAGGCUGCGGCGAAGGAGAAGGCGGAGCAAUCUCGGUACGGAGGCCUGGACCAUGAGGACACUCAGGUUUUGAAGGAGGCCGGGAUGAAGCUGGCGAGCCCCGAGGAUACGCAAGCCGUAGAUGGCUUCGGUGACGGGAGCGGAUCGGACGGCGGCGCUGGGGAGAUCGAAAAAGGGGAGGUGGACUCGGACGCGGGGGGCGAGGACGAUGACUUCGGUGACGAGGUUCGGAGCGACGACGAGGAGGAAGUCGGAAACGACGACGCGAACGAAGGGGGUGGAACUCUUCACCAGGACGACGAGGACCUGAACGACUCCGACGACGAGCACCUCACGGACGACGAGCACCAUGAGCUGCAGAAGCUGUCCCGCUCCGUGAACGCGGAGGGCGGCCAUGUGGAAGAAGAGGACGACUACACCGUUUCAGGGGACAUCGGGAGAGCAUCCCCUACCGUACCCCCCCCUGGAAACCCAAAGCCCGCCGCCGGUGCUCCCGCGGGAGACGGCGCUGACUCAUCGGCAGGAGGAGGAGGAGGAGGAGGAGGAGGAGGGGGUUCGGGCAAACGAGGAGCUAGCGCAAUGGAGGUGGGGGGAGGGGAAGGGGGGGGCUCCGCGGGGGGACGGGCGGGGGGACGGGCGGGGGGUACGGGGUCGGGGGGUGAGGGAGGGAGCGGAAGCAAGCGCGCGAGAACGGCGCAGAAGAAGGGGGCGCAGGAGAUCAACCAGGCGAACGUGGUGGCGACGCUCAAGCGCUACGGCGGGCGAUUGGCCAGCAAGGCCCUUCUGGGGCAUUUCGUGGCGGCUCUGAAGGCGGACGGCAAGAAGAACAAGGAGGCGGCGGUGGCCAACCUUCGGGCGAUUCUCAAGAAGGUGGCAACGAAGGUGGACGACGCGAUCGAAGGCACCGUGUGGGUUCUCAAGAAGCACUUCAGCUGA